AUGCUCCGCUCGGUAGUCUAUCUGGUCGCAGGUGCUUGGACGAGCGUUCUGGCGAGAUCCCACAUGCGAGCAACCGAGUCUAGUCGCUUCGGCGGCCUCCCAGCGCCUGCCGAGCCUGUAUGUCUGAGCUCACGUAGAGCGAGCUCGUUGGGCGUAUAUCCAGAGCAUGAGCGCCUGAACAAGAACUGCCCUUCUCCCUUCCCUUCGCAUCUCCGUCCAGCCUAACGUGAUUUACAGCGCGCCAACAGCAUAGUUUCUGGUGCAACGACAGCCAUGGAUAUCUACAAGGGAGUGUGGUACGACCAUGCUACUCGCAAGCUUGUACUCACUCUCAGUCCCGGCGCCGCUGGAUUCCUGACCGCCGCGGUAGUUACAUGGUAAGUUACAUCGUAAGCGUGGAGAGCACAGGACAGCCAGUGAAGCAGCGCUGAACAACUUCCACUUACUCGACUUCCUCCUCAGGGUCAACAUCUGCGCUGCUGCCACAUGGCCCAUUUUCCGCUACAUCCUCUACUCCGUCCGCCGACGCGUUGACACCACAAAAGACGUCUUCUAUCACCAGCGACAGGCGUUGCUGAGAAACUCGACAAGCGCGACCAAUGCUGCAACCCUUCUUAUCAAGCUGAUCUACGGGUGGAAGUCAUAUCGAGGACGAGCUGUCGUCCGUAGCAUCGCAUACCUGUCAGCUUGCGUUGUCGUUUUCGCACUCUGGCUUCUGUGCGGUCUUUACGCACCCUACAUCUACACUAAGACUGGAUCCGACGUCCUGCUUGCUUCAUCUCCUCACUGCGGCCUACCGGUCCCUCCAUUCGACUCUCUAGUAGACGAUGGUCUCGUCUCGCAGAUGUUCCAGAUCGAAGAAGUCGCUUCAGUCACUUCAUCGCGGGGCUACGUCCAGCAGUGCUAUGAACAAUCCAACUCUAGCAGCGCUCAGUGUACAACGUAUCCGCGUCGUGCGCUGCCCAUCAAGAUAAGCGAUACUGUCUGCCCUUUUGGCACCAAUCACGACAUUUGCACGACCAUCAAUUCGACUACUGUCCAGCUCGACACUGGCUUCCUGGACAGCAAUACCGAUUUUGGUAGAAAGCCCCCAAAACGACCACUUGCUUUCGUCGCAAUCACUCGAAGACUUACUAACAGAGUACAGGCGUCAAUGCAAUGGCGAACGAUAGGCUCAAGUAUCGCAAAGUCGCCUCAUGCUCGCCCUUCCACGCGGCCUCCUUUGUUUCAGCUUUCAAUACGAGUGGCACUCCGCUAGCAGAGUCCUGGCCUCCAAACACCGUCCUGGAUAGGUUCUAUCUUGGACCUCUUCUAGGAAAUGACUUCACCUUUCGUACGUUCUCUUCCUCCAUGCAGGUGCUAGAGUUUGCAAGCUGACUUGUCCCUCAGAAUACGCCCCGUAUCAAGCACUCUUCCCCCUGCCGUACUACCUGAGGUAAUCUAGACUACUGAACUAAUGGCCUUUGAGCCGUGCUGAUUGUAACAGCACCCAAGGAUACUUCCCCGGUGCCCUGCCACUCGAGGGCUCCUGGCAGCUCAACAAAACAUUUUACGGCGCCGAAGAUGCAGAUAUCACCAUUGCGUACCUUGAAUCGAACAGCGUCACUUACCCUGCUCCGGUCUACGAUCCUAUAUUUGCCGCUGGAAUUGACGCCGACGAGCGCGUGUCCCUUGCUCUGAACAGUACAUACAACUUCACUGUCUACGAGCCACACUACUCAAUCAGUCUCAUUGGUUGUACGGAGCAAUACCAGAUAUGUCUUGGUGAGGAUGGCGCAUGUACACCACUCGUGCCCAUGAACCUUCUACUACCCGCGAUGUCGAACUUGAAAGGCCUAAGAUUGGCGCAUACAAUCACCGCAGGACGCUUUUCGUUGAGCAAUAUCAAAUCCAGUAUCUCUACUGUCGCCUCCAUCGGCGGCGCGAAUGCACUGUUGGCGUCUCGCACUCUGGAUGACCUCGAGCAGAUGGCGCGACUUCCCAAAGAUCAAUGGCGGAGAGAAGGUAUGUAUUCCUGCCGACUAGAGUCGGUGAACAGUUUGCUGCAAGGUGCUGACUGCAGAAAGUCACCAAUUGGUUCGCCGUCGGCCUCGCUCAGAUCCAGGCCAAGAUGCUCGCGUACGCCACUGGACCGAAUGAUCCAGCCUUCUACCCGUACCUCAACGUCAGCUCUGCUGGCUACUUGCACGGCUGCGGCAACCAACGGAUUCAUUCCGCUUCGGGACAGGUGAACUUCGACCUCGCUGCCCUCAUCAUUCUCAUUGCCGUUGGAGCGGCUUUCAUCGUCUUCGGCUUGGCUUUUGAAUCGGUCAUGGACUGGAUCACGAAGCGCCGUCCACAGUGGAGGCGGAAGCACGCUGCUUGGGUUGUGGAUGGGUUGUUUCAGAUCCAGAAGAGGGCCUUGGAAGCCGAGGGUAUCAAGGAUUGGCAAUUCGAGGAGAGCGAAGUGCCCAUCUCCAAAGAGCAGGUCGGGUUGGUGGCGGACGAAGGCAAGUAUGGGCAUGUUCAUGUUUCUGAGAGUCUGUUGAACGAGCCGAAGCGUUGA